AGGCAAAAAAUGCAAGAAGACACCAAUCUACCCUACUUUCAUGGCGCUUUGAUGGAUCAGGAUGCUGACAAUAUGCUCCAGGAAGAAGGAGAUUUUCUUAUACAGUCGCGACAUUCAUCAACUGCAACUCGACAGCGACUGGUGAUAGCAAUUCGAACAAAAGAUGCAAUCAAAAGAAUAGACCUUAGAAGAGGCGAAAGCGGAAUUCGUUUAGGGGGCAAAACAUUCCCUAGCUUAAAAAAGAUGGUAGAGUAUUAUUCAAAAGAGCCAAUAGUUCUCCAAGGGGGAGAAGAGCUGUUACUGAAAAAGCCCGUCGCAAAAGGGAAAUUUCAACUUGUUCAUAGCGAUGUUAGACUCUUAAAGAAGAUUGGUUCUGGAGCAUAUGGCACUGUAUACAAGGGGCAAUUAAUUCGGGAAAACAACAAGACAAUCGCUGUGAAAAGAAUCGACUCGGAGGGAACAGACGAUCAAGCACUCGCUGAAAUGAUGAAAGAAGCAAGAGCAAUGCAACUGAAUGAACACAAGCACAUAGUAAAAUUUUAUGGCUUCAUCGUCGAUCGCAUGCCAUACUUACUUGUAAUGGAGUAUUGUGAUGGUGGUUCUGUAGAAGACAAACUAAGGGCUCAUCCAAAAAAAAUUAGCAUUGGACGACGGAUAGAUAUGUCAACACAGGGAGCCUAUGGAUUGGAGUAUCUCCACUCGAGAGAUUGCAUUCACCGUGACAUUGCAACAAGAAAUUGCUUGAUCGAUAAGGGAAUUGUGAAGCUUGCUGAUUUUGGAAUGUGCCGAGCGACUAAUGUGUAUAAGGUUGAUCUGUCCAAGCCGUUAAAUGUACGAUGGCUAGCACCUGAGGUAUGGCGAAAUGGUGAGACUAAGAAUAACACAGACAUCUAUGCCUAUGGAGUGCUGUUGUGGGAAAUGUUCGAAAUCCCCUAUCACUCUCCGUAUGCAGAAUGGAAAGCCUACACCGUUAAGCAAAAAGUCAUGGCUGGGUAUCGAAUGCCUCCUCCACCGGCUAUGCCCGAAGAAAUGGUAGCGAUUAUGGAAUUGGCAUGGAAUCAUGACCCAGAGAAGCGACCGGACGCGACGGGUCUGCGCAAACUACUUGAAGAGGUUAAUAAAAAGUAUAAUGAUGGCGAAGACGAAAAAGGUCGAGCGUGAAGCAGAUACAGUAAAAGAAAAGAAAAUUUUAGAUUUUCCAUAUUAAUCAUAUCCUCUAUAACUCCAUCACGAAAACCCAACUGAAAAAACUGGCUGUGUCCCCCACCCCUCCCC